AUGGAGAUGAACUAUAAUGAACGCGCUCUUCAUCACCUCGAGGAGGAGCUGGGAACGACGAUCUAUCCGGGCACAGAGAUCAUGGCCGAUGUGGGCACGCAUCGUUUUGUGAGGUCCUCAGCCAAAUCCGGCCGGGUUCUUGUGCCCCAGCCUUCACAGGAUCCCCAUGACCCCUUGAUCUGGAGCCCGUUUUGGAAGACCAGCGUGAUGACCAUUGCCACGUUGACAUCCUUCAGUCAGGGCAUGGGACCUCUGGCCCUUGCACCCAUGUUCCCCCAAUUAAUGGAAUCAUUCAACUCGGACCUCCCCAGUGUUGUGCAAUUCACCGGGGUUUGCAUUCUAGUGCUAGGGUUUAGUAAUUUCUUUUGGAUCCCCAUUCAAACAUGUUAUGGUCGACGACCUGUGCUGAUAUUCUCAACCCUCGUCUGCCUGCUCAGCAAUGUCUGGCGUGCAACGGCAACUGGAUACGGCAGCUAUAUGGGCGCAUGCAUAGUCAAUGGAUUUGGUGCUGGUCCCGCAGAGACGUCUCAACCUGAGAUUAUCGCGGAUAUUACAUUCCUCCACGAGCGUGGCGGUUAUAAUACCCUGUAUUUCACAGCAUACUUUGGGUCCCUUAUGGUCGGUCCUAUCCUAGCCGGCUCAAUGGCCGAGCACGUCGGCUGGCGCAGCUUUUUCUGGCUGAACGUCGGUCUCCUAGGCCUCGUACUCAUCCUGCAAAUAUUCUUCUUCCCCGAGACAAAAUGGCACCGUGUUCACCCCGACGAGGAGCGCGCGGGACAAGGCCCUGGCCAAAAUGUUGAUGAGGGGGGCGAUGACAAGAUCGAAAUAUCACAGAAAGAGAAUAUCCAUGUGGAAGCGGCUUCUGACCAAGAUGCAUGUCUGCACCGAGGUGCUCCCUCGAAGCAGCAAUUCAAGCUAUGGCAGUCGAGUGGUGUUACCUUCAAGUCUCUCCUUAAUAGCUUCUGGAUUCCCUGGAAGCUGUUGUCAUUUCCUAUUGUUGAACUUGCUGCUUUUAUUGUGUCUUGGUCCUCAAGUUGCUUCUUGACAUUGAAUCUUACGCAGAGUCAAGCCUUUGCGCAGCCCCCGUACAACUUCAACAGUCAAACUAUCGGCUUCUUUAACUUUGCUAUUGUGGUUGGAGCAUUUCUUGGGCUAGCAACCAAUGGUCCGUUCUCAGAUUGGAUCUCGAUGAGAGCCACUCGCAAGAACAAUGGAAUUCGCGAGCCGGAGAUGCGUCUGCCAGCUAUAGCAGUCUAUACUGUGAUUAUGAUUAUUGGCAAUUUUGUUGUGGCGUUUGGAUAUGAGUAUAAAUGGGACUGGCGGGCAAUUGUAAUCAUUGGCUAUACUGCAGCUGGUAUACAGGUUGCGUGUCUUCCAGCCAUCGCCAGUACCUACGCUGUCGAUAGCUACAAGCCCGUUGCAGGCUCGAUAUUCGUUUCGGUCACGGUGAAUAAGAAUUUGUGGGGAUAUGGGUUCAGUAAAUUUAUCACUCCUUGGGUUGAGCAAAGUGGGUUCGUCAAGCCUAUCAUGAUGAACAUGGCUUUGUGCACGGUGUGGUGUCUCUGUGCAGUCCCAUUCUACUUUUACGGCAAAAAGUUUAGAGGAUGGACCGCCAAGUCAUCUGUGCACAGGAUAUAG